UCUAUAAAGGAAAAAGAUUCCAAAAAAGACGCGACGUGGAUGGCGCGAGGUCUUUUAGUAAUCAGUCAAUCAAAAAACGGAUAAACUAACUUACCAGAAAUUGUGUCAUCCCCUAAAAUUCGAUUUCUCUUUUCCACUCCAUUUUCCCACUAUUCACCAAAAUCACCAGAGGAUUUUACCCAUUUUUGUGCCGAAAUACUGUUUUAUGGUUUGUGAUCCUCCUACCCAUUUCAUUUUCUGUUCGUUUUUCUGUUCAAUUUCAACGUAAAUUCAAUCCUCACCUGUUUGUAUUCUCUCUGUACUUUUUUUAAUUUGGAGAACCCAUUUGGUUUUUCGUUUUUAUGAUGGAACAAAGAUUUGUUGUAAUGGACCCUAAUGCGAUCUGUGAGCAUCUCUCACCCUUGUUUGUUAGUCUGCAUUGCAGAGAAGAAGCUCGGAGAUGAAUUGUAUUUAUCUUGACUUUUGUGAUUAGGGAUCAAUCUGUCGGAAUCUUCCUAGGUGUAUUUGAAGAGUUGAGAUUGUUGGUUUGCAAGUCAUCAUAUGAGUUUCGAUUCAUUUUUUCCAGAAAUGUCACUCAAGUUACACCAUAUUGAUCUAAAGGGUUAUUCAGGUGCCCAGAAAAGGCUGAAGGAUCUAACGGCUCAUUCUGGCAAUAAAUACUGUGCAGAUUGCGGAUCUCCAGAUCCAAAAUGGGUAUCUGUGAGUUUUGGAGCAUUUAUUUGCAUCAAGUGCUCUGGAGUACACAGAAGCCUUGGAGUGCAUAUAUCUAAGGUUCUUUCAGUGAAGUUAGAUGAUUGGACAGAUGAAGAAGUUGAUGCUUUGAUGAGCGUUGGCGGAAAUACAGCUGUAAACAAAAAGUAUGAAGUUUGCAUCCCAGAUGGCAACAAAAAGCCAAAACCAGACUCCUCCAUAGAGGAGCGUUUUGAUUUUAUAAGGAAAAAAUAUGAGCUGCUGCAAUUCACAAAUCUAGACGAUCAAUUUUUCUGUCCUUUUCCACCCCCGCAGAAGAGAAAUUCAUUACUCUCACACAGCACUUCCAGUACUGAUGCCAACCAAGAAAGGAGAAAUUAUGAAAAAGUUCCAACAAAAACUCGAAUUGGAAGUGCAUUCCGGAACAGCUGGGGAAGAAAAGAUUCUGAACAUAAAAACUGCAAGAAGGGAAAUGCAUUGGUAUUAAGCAGCUCAAUGGCGGGUAUGAUUGAAUUCGUCGGUUUAAUUAAGGUCAAUGUGGUUAGAGGAACAAAUUUAGCUGUCAGGGAUGUCGUGACGAGUGAUCCUUAUGUAAUUCUCUCAUUGGGCCACCAAUCUGUGAAAACACGAGUUAUAAAGAGCAGUUUGAAUCCAGUCUGGAAUGAGAGCCUAAUGUUGUCUAUUCCAGAUUACAUUCCUCCAUUAAAAGUGCUUGUGUAUGACAAAGAUACAUUUUCAACCGAUGACUUCAUGGGUGAAGCAGAAAUCGAUAUCAAUCCACUGCUCACUGCGGCCCGAGCCUGUGAGAGGUCCACAAUCUGUGAGCCAAUGCAGUUAGGAAAAUGGGUUGCAAGCAAGGAGAACACUCUUGCAAAGGAUGGCAUCAUCAGUCUUGUUGAUGGGAAGAUUCGACAAGACAUAUCUUUGAAGCUGCAGAAUGUGGAGCGGGGCGUGCUGGAGAUGGAGCUUGAAUGUGUUCCUCUUUCUCAGUAGGAUGAGCAUUCACCCCAUCCAAGGCUAGUGCAAAUAUCAAAUCAGCUGAGUCAUUCAAACCAGUUUGUUUACAAUAUUAGGAAACCAUAGAUAGAGCUGUUUUUUUUUAGAGAUUACUGCAAAUCAUUCUCUGAAGAUUGAGACAGGUUACUUUUUAGGAAUAUCAGUGGAUGAAUACCUGUGUUCAUAGUUGAAAUAUGGCACUGGCAGAGCAGAAAUGUUUGUGGAUAAGAUGAAGCAUUUUUGCCACAAUAUUCUUAACAUGUAUUUAACAUUAACCCCCUUUUAUUUUUCUGUAAACUAUUUGGUAUUGAGGAACUUUCUACAGUUUGUUUAUAUGUUGGAAAGAAGAAAGAACUUGACAUUUUCUUGUACUUUGAAAAGUUGAGAUUAAUUUAAAUUGUGCUUUGCUCUGAA